AUGCCCUCACAAACGCGUGUGAACGCUGCCACGCCGGCUGGAACCGAGCAUGACACCGAACCUCCUCGGCCAGCAACUCCCAGUGUAGUGCGACCGAAGAAGCUAUUCAGCGUGCCCGCGCCAGUGAAACAAAUCUUCGACAAAUUCCCACUGACGACAUACGAAGCGGAAGAUAUUCCUGGCAAUGUACACAACAGCGGAAGCUCCGGGCGGAAUAGAUUGUUCGUUUUUAUCGAUCCCAAACAAGCGGCGACAGGGGCACCAUCUUUCAAUCCUCAGUGUCUCAAAUGGCAGGCCUAUUUGAAAUUCGUCGGCAUAGACUUUGACCUUGUCCCUUCAAACAACCACGCUUCUCCAACGGGUGCCCUACCUUUCCUCUACCCAGCCUUACCAGCUGCCACGAGAUCUCCGAUUCCUUCCAACAAGCUACAAAAGUGGGCUAUAGAACAAGUGCACUGUGAAGAAGAGCAGCAACUCAAUAUACGAUUUGAUGUAUACGCCUCAUUGAUUGACCAUCGGAUACGUAAUGCAUGGCUACAUCAACUAUAUCUAAAUGAACUCAAUUUCAAGCAAGUAGCUCGAAAACGCUACAUUAAUCCCGCCACCUCAUCUUCAGCCGUUCGAACAGCGCUAGCCGUUCAAUUACAGUCAGCAGCACGGGAUGAAUUGCUCAAAUAUUCAGACUAUAUCGAUGUCAAUACUCUAGAAGCUGAUGCAGAUAGCGCAUUCGAAGCUCUUUCUACACUACUUGGCGAAAACGAGUACUUCUUCAAUCGCAGUCAACCAGGGUUGUUUGAUGCUAAUGUUUUUGCAUAUACGCAUCUCAUAUUAGAUGAGAAUAUGGGAUGGAAAUAUAACAGAUUGGCUCAUUUGUUGUCAAAACACGAGAAUCUAGUACGACAUCGUGAGGUUCUGUUGCAAAAGUACUUUUCGUGA